AUGGCUCCGAGUUUCCGCGAUCUGAUUGACUAUCUCCUGGCAGAUAUAGCCCUCUGUGGCGACCAAGGAGCUUCGCCCGGUGAUAUUCUGGCGUCUAUUGAUGCCUUCUAUAGCAGAAUCAGCAGAGACCAGACUGCAGAUGGAGGCCGCAGCCAGCGUGUGGACCGUCCGUUCCAGGAGAGGGUCUGGCGCUGGCUAACGCAGAACCCUGAGGUCUCCGUGGGUAAGGACAAGGAGGGUAAUCAUCUGAGCCUUGCAGAAGCGGAACGACUCUCGCUGGAUGGCGAUGAUGAGACGAAGGAAGUGCCCCUCGCCGGCCAGCCUCUUCGGGUCUUCGUGUCCAAGGAACGGACCUGGCUAGCAAUCACUGGCCAUGAGCCCGACGAGACAAAGGUGCUCCCGACUGAAUUUGCCCUCCUGUCCAUCAUCGCGUCUCGGAAAGCGCACGGGAUAGUGCAGACGGAGCUGGUGCGGCUGAGUGGUCAGGACAAGCGCUCGGUGCCGAAGCGCACCGACAUGCUGAAGCAGAAAGGCUACAUCGAGAAGCGCGCGAUUCAGAUCAAAGCAUCCCGCACUAGCCUCUGCACCCUUCAGAAAUUCGUUCAGGACAAACCCGCCUUUUCGUCCACCCAGACUCCCGCCGAUCGGGGGGGGAUCAACGCCUACCAUGGAGCGGACGACAUCAUCGACUUCGAAGUCUUCAUGGACAAGUUGUUUGAGACACUAAAGGAGUAUCGGAUCAUCUCGCGAGACGAUCUCAAGCGAGUCCUCGGCUUCGCUGACCGUUGGCGAUGGAGGAUUCUCUCCCGUGCGCUUCGAAAGUUCGAACGCAUCGGCGUGCUCAAACGUGUCAAGGCCAUGUCGCAGUACUCGGACAGUGUGAAAUCUUUAUAUUCUUGCGUCAUGCUCAUCCGGGAACCGACGAAGAGGGACAUGGAACUGUUUAAUGAUGACAGCAAAACGUUGUUCGACAACCUGGGACAGGAGGACAAUGCCAGCAUGGAACUAGACGAUGACCUGGAGCCGGAAGGCAAUGCGAAAGAUGCGUCUACGCUGGGAAAUGACAGAGCCGUCGGUGUUGUUAAACAAGAAAUGCUGCAGGAUGAAGGUCGAACAUUACCAAUCUGGACACCAGAUCGCAACAUGCACAAUUUGAUCUUUGAUAUCAUCGACAGCGCAGGAACUUCGGGCAGGACCAACCAUAAUACCAUCCAGACCUGUUUUGGUGGUUUCUUCCGCCGUCCGCUAGAAAAUGCAUUGAACCGACUGGUCGAAUGCUGGCAACUUUCCCAACCACCACAUCUCCGCCAUCUGGCGCUCGUGAGAGACACUGCUCAGAAACGAACUGUCUUUCAUUACGUUCACUAUUCCGCCAGAAAUUUCAAGAAACUCGUUGAUUCCGGGGAUGCGUCCUGGGAGGCUGUUGAGUUCGUCCCGAAAGACUCAAAGAUCGAUCCAAGACAGAUACCGCCCGUCGAUGCUGUACCUCAGCUGGAUGAAAAUGGACUUCCUUUGGUUCCUCCAGCCGCUAAUUUGCUCAGAAAUGGGAACGCCACAUUACGUGAACUCAUCCAGGUGUGCCAGCCUGCAGAUUAUAUCCAAUCUAGUAGUGAUCCCCUUGCAGUUCGUUUGCGAGAUGGAAGUUACGGUGAGUACACGGCCCCUAGAACUUUUCUUUGCAGAGCUGCGGCAGUUAGUCAAGGCCGUCCACAAAGCAGUGCUCGGGAGGGUCAAGAAGAACUAGACCUUGAUGAGGCAGGUCACGAAGAUCGCCCAGUAAUCAAACGUGUCAAGAAACCAAAGAAUGAUCCAGAUCGCUUCAAAGGAAUGACCGAAAAGGAGAAACUUGAGGCUCUGGGUCUGAACGAAAGCUAUACGGAAUAUAGUGUCCUGUUGAUUGACCGUCCAAGACCUGGAGUCUACGUCACAGCACGUGGUCGACGCAGGCCAGUAGGGGAGGCUCGAGGACGGCCAAGGAUCAGUCGGAUCGCUGUGUUCAAGACCCCACAGCUCAAUACUCUGCCUUGGUUUGUCGAGGCAAGGUCAGAUUCUGUUUUACGAGAAUCGGCUCCGAGCGAUGAUAUUGAGAUGCAAGAUGCCGGCACACCGGCCACUGAUGACCAGGGGCGAGAGAUGCCCCACCCAGAAGCCACGGAUCUUCCUUCUUCAUCACAGGCGCUCAAGCGACAGCAUGAAGGGCGCGACUCGGAAGAGGAGCGUGCCGUUCAAGAAACUCAUACCCGGCCUCGCCAAGGCAGGAAACAGAAGACAAAGCAACCUUGUCUCGACAAGCGCACAGACAUCACUACGACCCAGCAAAUCGGGAUUUUGCCGGAUGAUACUGCGGAUAGAAGUGUCAAUGAAAGGAUCGGUGAUACCCCAUUGUUACCACCCAGUGACCGAGCCAAACGCAAGAGGCGUAUGCCAAAGGCCCCCGGUCUUGAAGAUGUAGAUACACCAGCUCCAUCGGUACAAGAGUCAGAAGGGAUUUCAGAAGCACCACCGAAAAAGCAACGCCGCGUGGAAGCAGGUCCCUCUUCUGUCCUGGAGCAAAUACAGGGCGAUGAUUACUCUGUUAUUCAAUCGACAGAACAUGUCUCUACAGAACCAAUUAUUCAACCUGAGCCAAUUCUGAAAGCCGAGAUGACAGUAGAUGAGGGCAUUAUCCCUACAUCUACGACUGAAACUGCCAUUCAAGGCCCCUUAUCAAGCAUCCCUGGAACACCUGUUUCCUUUGACAGAGAGCAGACCGCCGACGUUAGGGAGAGCUCGAAAGUCUCGGACGUGUUCAGGCAUAGCAGGGGAGAGAAAAGGGGUUCGGUGGCUGUUCUUCGAAAGAAGAUUGUCAUGGAAAUUGUGGAGAGAGCUGGGGGGGCCUUUCCAAUGGGGACUGAGCUCUGGUACCCAUUCACAACUGCAUGGUUGAAGAUGAAGAACAAAGAGAAGCCAGAUCUACGGACUUUGAAGACGGUUGUCAAACAAAUGGUUGAUGCAGGCAAACUUCGUCAGCUCUUUUUCAGCGGCAAAGAUAGCAAGGGAGUCAUGGUGACAAAAAGCAUCAUCACCAAGCCCGACCUUGCGCCCGAUGAUCCCCUCGUGAUGAACAUGCAGAAAGCGAUACUAGCGGAGGAAUCCAAGUUCUAUUUUCCAGAAAAUACGGAGAUCAAUCCCGAGCUCACAAAGGGCAAGGGGGCUAUCGCUCGAGAUAUCUCCAAACCCGUUCCCAGCCUACCGGUUGAGGCUGGUAUAACUGUCCAACUGCAUCACAAGCCGGCAUACAUUCUAGCGAAAGAGAGGAGGAAAGGCCGCAAUAUUCAGCGGAGGCUGUUACAGAGUCUAGCGCCGUCUGAGACCAUGGGAGAACGCCGCCGAGCGAGUAAAUCUGGCGUCGUACGGUUGAUGAGCGUCUUUCCGCCACCCCCGCAGGCAGGACAUCCUCCGUUAUCGUUGGACAGCCUGACUUCAAUUCAGAGGCCCCUGCGAGCUACCGAGAAGCGCCCAUACCAGAGACGUCGAAGCCACAUGCUUUCCGGCCUGCUUACCGACGGUUCUCGCGCCGUGAUGGGCCGGAUGAGACGUGGCUGGAAGGCUAUAUCGACCAUGGCACCAUAUGCUAUGCUCAUGAACCCAAGACAAGUGUUCCACGCUAAUACUGGGACCUUUUCAACAAACGCUGGCCUUGCAGCGGUCCGCAAACUGGCCUGGAGGGGAGAGGCGAAAGUCGCCACCAAGUUGCCGGACUCUCUUGAUGAUCUGUUAACCAAUGUUACAAGACGGGCUCCUGAUUAUUCAGACAGGCCAGAUCCAAGAUCAAGCCAAUUCUUUCAAGAGACCGAUGUCAUUUCACGGUGGGAACUACAGAAUGAAGAUCUGCUGCAGCGGAAAGGCUCGGGACUGCGGUAUAUCAACCAGACGGUUCGAGACUCGUUCGAGACUGUUCCCAUUGAAGGAGUCAUUCAAUUCAAUCCUACAGAGUUCCUUGAACCCUCUGCCCGGGCCAUUCGGCCCAGAUCUCGCCGGCUUGCACCUCGCCCAUCUUCGCCUACUGCUCGAUACGAUGACAGUGUUUUAUCGGAUGAAGAUAGGGAAGAAGAGGGGGAGGAGGAGGAGGAUUAUGAUGAUGAUGAUGGGUUACCGGAGGUGCCAGACGGGUCUUGGAAGCGACGUAAUCGUGUUUCUGCUGCGCGUACACCAAACCGUCGCCUGAACAGGCUGAAUGCGUCGUUGGCCGCCGAGACACCAUCACCCAUCUCCGCGCCUCGUUCAUCCGUGCGCCGAAGCCGCAUGUCCCGCCAUUUGUCCGAAUCGUUUGUUCAGAGACUGAUGACUGCUAUUGCCGCUAUACGGACACUGGCGGGGGGGAUCGAAGGCAAGAACAUUGACUGGAAUCUGGUAGCUCGAGCGUUGCCAGGCUACGAUACUCAGUUUGUUCAGGAACGGGGACGGGUCAUUCUGAACAAGAGUCGACUACAGGUUGUCAAGAUGCAGAGUGAUUUCCAAGAGCGGUUCAUCGAGGCCUACGAGAAGGAUCAGGUCCCGCGCAUCGAUUAUGAGAACCUGGACGGGUACGACUGGGAGACUGUGGUGGAUUGGGCCAUCACCCAGCUCGAUAUACCUACAUCAUCCGAAAAGCUUCCCGAUCUGCCUGCCACACGCGAGCAGUUUGACAGCAUGUUCGAACUGCGAGAAGAAGCCAUCCCUCCAGUCGAUGAGAUCUACCAGGUGAACAGCUCGAUGACCCUCAGCAAGAAACGCAACCUUGUAACCAGCACACCGUUUUCCAUUCUGCUAGCAGGUGGAGAUGCUUCACGAACCUCGCUGUCGCAACGCAGGGCCGAACUGUCGCGUCUAGAGGUGGCCAAGACGUGGGUUCGGGCCAACGUGACGGCGCCGGAGGAGACGUACAACCCUGCCGACGCGCGGCGGGCAUUGGGGCAGUUCGACGAGCUGCUCAUCUCGCAGGCAAUGCAGUCCCUCGUGACGGAGCGGAUCAUCUCGAUGGGUAACCGUGGGAGAAUCACACCGGGGCGGAACUACGACCUCACGGACCACUUCUUGGUCACGCUGGGCCGGAAGCGGGCGAUCGAUAGCACGCAGCUGCGGCGCGCGGCGCACUUCAAAACCAGUGUGCUGGAUCCCGCUCUGCGGUCGCAGGGAGUGUUCGAGAUUGGCUACAACGCCGAGGACGGCGACGUCCUGGCUGUGGUCAACCUCGCAGCAGAGGGGCGGGUCACACUGCGGCCACGGGAUCCGCCGCGAGACCGCCACGGCCUCACAGAUGGCGGGUACCUGACCCGGCAGAUGGACAAGGAGAAGCUGCGCUUUGCCGUGGACGUGCACCCGGAGCGGGGGAAGUACGUGUUUGGAAACCCGAUCCGGGAGCGGGCGUCUACCAUCCCCCCCCCACCGGCGUUUCCUGAAAAACCGCCUGCAUCUGACGACGGGCCGAAACGCAUCCCGAUCUGGUUCGACAUCCAUGGCCAGUUUGUCCAGGUGCUCUGGGACCUGGUCGUGGCCGCCGUGGUGGGCUGCGUGGCGGUCCGGCCGGGGAUCAGCGCCGCAGGGAUUGCGCGGAUGAUUCACCCCAGCGCCGGGGCGUGGGAAGUACGCUUGCUCCUCGAGUGGUUGGCUGCCGUGGGGGUCGCUCGAGGUCAGACGGUGGAGGUGGAUGAACAUACAGGCUGGGUGGUGCAGGAAUGGUGGUGGAUGCUUCUAGGAACUAGUUAA